CGCGUCAAGACGAAAGGCAAAUUACAGUCGACACAGCCUUCUGGUUAGAUGAGCAGGCGUGCAAAAAUAUAGUGGAUUAUUUGAAACAAAUCAAUGUGUUAAGCAAAUUUAGAAAUAACGUUAGGUGAGAAAUAGUGAGAUAUCAGAAAAUGGAUUUGAGUUUUACGAAGAUUCUAUAUUAAUCUUUAAAAAAGGAUUUCACCUUCAAUAAUUGAACAAAGACCCGUCUCAAACUAGGAUAUGCUCCUAGUACAUUGUCUUUGGCUGCUGCUUUACAACGUCCACAUCAGUCGCGGCGACCUGAUCGAAGUUUACAAAGAAUUGUCCCACACGAUUCUGUACCCGCAAGAGAAGAGUGAUGACCUGCCCGUGGAACUAGGCCAGGACGACUAUUCGGGCUGCAUCUGCCGGGCCAGCAAACAGAAUGGGGUCGUGGUCUGCUUCGGGAAUUACGAGUGCCGAAUGUUCCCUAAGAUCAAAGUGAAAUGCGAAUUUCUCAGAGUCAGAACAACAGUCAUAACGAAUAUAAGAAAAGGACACUUGGAUUCAUUAUACUUUUUAAAAGUGCUGGAAAUAGAAGCCAAUCAUCAACUAAGACACAUAGAGGCAGGAGUGUUUAAGAACCUUACGAGUUUACAACAGUUGUCUAUAUCAUACAACACGCACUUACAUUCUAUUGAUGAACAUACAUUUAUCGGACUAGUGAAUCUACGCAAUUUAACACUAGUCAACAAUGGGUUCACUAAUAUACUCGCCAUUACACCAGCUUUCAAGCCUAGUAUUCUCCCGGCUCUCAGAGGUCUUGACAUCUCAGAAAAUGCCUUCGAAAUUAUACCAGAAGACGCUUUCGUACCAAUGAAAGGUACAACGCUUAUGAAACUUGAUCUGAAUCUGUGUAGAUUGGAUUUUAUACAUCCGAAGAGUUUUCUUCCAUUGAAGAAUCUACGAGAACUGCAUAUAGGCGAAAAUGACUUGAACUCAACUUUAAUUGGAGAUUUUCUUUUGAAAAUGAAAGACGAAAGAAUUUAUCUAAUGUAUUUGGAUCUAUCAGGAAUGGGGUUCAGAAAAAACCCACCGCGCGACUUGAUGGAAAUAAUAGCUGAAACCAGUGUGAGAAGAUUAAUUUUAUCACAUAAUCAAUUUGAGUUUAUCGAUGAUGAUUCGUUCCCUAAAAUGGAGAAUAUAGAAUUGAUGGAUCUUAGGAAAGUUUUGGCAAUGCAGAUUGGUUCCAAUGCAUUCAAUCCACAUAAAUUUCCGAACCUGAAACUGCUUUUACUAAGCGGAAACAAUUUACCUGGAUUACACAAGGCACCCUUCUCAGAUCAACUCCUCUUUUUAGAUUUAUCUGAUAACAAAGGUAGUCCAACGAAUCCUAUGUAUUACGAGAUUGAUAGAAACACUUUUGUCCAAAGCAAGGAACUUAAAAUACUAAAUUUAGCUUUUAAUAGAAUCAGAGCUAUCUUCGAGUACACGUUUCGUGGCUUGGAAAAUCUACAGAUCCUGAGUAUGGAGAACGGCACCUUGUAUCACAUUGGUGAUAAAAGUUUCAAGCCAUUAAAACGAUUAGAAAUGUUAAAUUUAGCCAACAAUCCCUUGGAACAAAAUGAGAAUUUGACAAGUUCCAUGUUUGAUGGAUUAAAUGACUUAAAAAUUUUGAUUCUAGAAAACUGUGGAAUAAAGAGAUUUUAUGAUGAUGAUAACAUAUUCGAGAUGAUGCCAAACCUGACCCAUCUUGUGCUUAGAAAUAACCAAUUGUACUAUAUAUCAGCAGAGACGUUGAAGCCGUUAAAAUUACUAAAGGUAUUAGAUCUAUCCGAGAAUCUCUUUGUUUCGUGGUGGCAACCAUUGUUCCUUGCCUCUGGCGUUAAGCCGAUCACUCUGAAUCUAAAGAACAACAAACUAUCACAUUUUUCAAUGAGUAUGAUACAAGACAUAAGUUAUUUGUUAGAAAAUAAUGGUAAUUCAAGAAUAGAAAUAGAGUUAAUGGAUAACAUUUUUAUAUGUGAUUGCAGUUCGAUGUAUAAAAUGUAUAGUUGGUUACAAGCGAACGGUAGCGAGGUUCUUAGAAAGUUUAUUCAGAGUUCCAAAUUCCAAUGCAGCAGUCCGGAUAUUUGGGAAGAUAAGAGGGUAGCUGAUUACUUAUCUUCAAUAAAAACGUUGCGAUGCCUGAUGACAGAGAAAAUGACAAACAUAAUGUAUUUAGUUUGGACUGCACCAUCGCUAGUAGCUGUAGCACUGAUCUUAUUUAUAAUAGUUUUUAUCUUUAAAUUUAAGACGUACAUUCGCUAUUGGAUGUUUUUAGCUAAACUGGCUUUAGGGCGGAAUUUCAGGAGAAAGUCUGGAAAGCAUGUAGAGACAAAGGAUUACAAGUAUGAUGCUUUUAUAUCUUACUGCAGUGAAGAUAGAGAUUUUGUCGUCCAUAUGAUUAACAAUUUAGAACUGGAACCACCAUUCCUGAAGCUAUGCGUUUACGAACGAGAUUUUGAUAUAGGAUCUUUCAUAUCAGAAGCAGUAUUAAAAAGUGUGAACGAAAGUAAAUACGUAAUUUUAGUUAUAAGUAAUGGGUUUGCUAAAUCCCAAUGGUGCAGAUGGGAGACCCAAUUGGCGGAGUACCACCGAAUUUUUUUAGAAGAUGGUACCUCCUAUGAUCCUUUAGUUUUAGUUAGAAUAGGCGAUGUACAAAAUAAAUAUCUGACGACAACAUUGAAAUACUUGUUGAAAACCAAAAUUUAUCACACGUGGGACGAAAAUAAUCAAGAUGAGUUUUGGAAGAAAUUAAGAAAUGUACUGACACGGAAGAUAUAAGUUAUAUUUUUCGUGUUUACUGGAAGCGUUCUCGAAAAAGAAGUCAAAGGCACAGAUAGUGCUGAUUCCUGUUAUGAUCAUACAGAAAAUCACCAUCAAAAGUUUUACAAAUUAUUAACACAAAUAACAAAAUAACAAUAUACAGACCGUCAUAACAAUGUUAACGGCUACAGAUCUUAAAACAUAAAUAAGAAAAAAACUGAGCUGUACUUUUGGCUACUUUAGCAAAUAAAUAUUGUUAUGGGUUUAUGAGGGAAUAAUAAUAUAUCGCUCAUUCGAUUUGACCUUAAGAGAUUAUCAUAUAUUCUGAGAACAUACUUCAAAUAGUAACGGGAAUCGGUGCGAUCUUACCAUUUUAAUAGCCUUUCAUGACAUCUUAAAUAACGAGUUUUAAUACAGUCAACUUCGAAUUAUGUUGGACGAUAUUAUUUUUUACAAUUAACUUGGAAUAAUGAUUACAUUUUGUUUUCUUCUUACAAAUUGUUGUUUUAUUAAGUCUUCUUGUAACGAGUAAGAAAGAGAGACGUCUCCGUAGCCAAGCUGCACACACGGCCUGAAUGCUAAUGCGUAUCUUCAAUCAAUAUCAGACUCUUAACAACGUUGUCACAACGGCUGUUCCAGAAACCAGAAUGCAUUAUUGAUUCGCACCAGAAAUAGGUAGUAUGUAUUUAAGUGGUCUCACAACGUACGCUAUAUAUGUAUAUAUAAUCUCUAAAAUCUAUAUGUAACUGAUGCAGAGCGCCGAUUUUUUUUAAGUAUCUGAUAUGUUUUGGAAGCAGUAGGAUAUAGUACUCAGAAAAUGCUAGUGUAUAUUGUUUUGGAACGAAGUUCCUUAUGGAACGAUGCGGAUGGGUACCCUAACCGGGAAAAAACGUCCGUAACGUAAGAUUUUUAUUAGUAACUAGCGGCCCGCUCCGGCUCCGCUCGGGUCUUUAUCAAAAAUUUCAACGAUAUUUGACGUUGUUUUAUUUUUAAAAAUAAAAGAACACUUAUUGCGGCAUAGCUAUAAUAGUUAGUUAGACAUAUGCUGUCGCGACACUUUUUGUAAAUAAUAAUGUGUCCUACAAAGACGUAGUACAUUAUUUUACUCUAUCAAGAAUAGUUUUCGCAGGGCACGCGAUGUAAAGAAUAUUUUAGGUAAUUUUUUUACACCUUGGGUUACAUUAUUGGAGUUUAAGUAAGGAUCCCAAAUUUUUUCAAAAAAGAUUAUAGCCUAUGUCACUCGGAAAUAGUUUAGGUUCCAAACAGUGAAAGGAUUUUUCAAAUCGAUUUAGUAGUUUAGGAGUCCAUUCAUGCAAACAAACAAACAAAUAUUUCCUCUUUAUAAUAUUACUAUAGAUGCACAGUGUGCGACUUAACUUUGUAAAAAGGUACAAAAAAUAACAUACUUUUAUUAUAUAUUUUUUAUAAAUCAUUGUGAAUAAAAUAAAGUUGAUAGCUUUGCAAA